GCGGAGGCCCGAGUCCAACAUGGCGGCCUCCAUGGGUCGCCGGCUUCUAUUAUUUAUGCUCCUCUGGACGGUGUCGGGCCGCUUCAGUUGGGGGGCCUCCCUGGACGACGACUUGCUGCUGCCCUACCCCCGCGUGCGCGCGCGCUCAGCCCGGGACUGCGCCAGGGUGCGCGUCGGCGGCCGCGAGCACGAGAGCUGGCAGCCUUCCCCCGCGACCACCGGCGCCCGCGGUCCGUCUGUGCGCACUUUCGUUUCGCAUUUCGCGGACCGCGCUGUGACAGGCCACCUGACCCGGGCCGCGCAGCCCCUGCGCACCUUCUCGGUGCUGGAGCCCGGCGGGCCCGGCGGGUGCGCGUCGAGGCGCCGCGCCACGGUGGAAGAGACUGUGCGGGAGGCCGGCUGCAGUGUCGCCCAGAACGGCGGCUUCUUCCGCAUGGACACCGGCGAGUGCCUGGGGAACGUGGUGAGCGACGGGCAGCGGGUGAGCAGCGCCGGGGGCAUACAGAACGCGCAGUUCGGGAUACGCCGCGACGGGACCCUGGUCACCGGGUACCUGUCUGAAGCGGAGGUGCUGGACACUGAGAAUCCAUUUGUGCAGCUGCUGAGUGGGGUCGUGUGGCUGAUUCGGAAUGGAAGCAUCUACAUCAACGAGAGCCAGGCGGCUGAGUGCGAUGAGACACAGGAGACAGGUUCCUUCAGCAAAUUUGUGAAUGUGAUAUCAGCCAGGACAGCUGUGGGUCAUGACCGGAAGGGGCAGCUGGUGCUGUUCCAUGCAGAUGGGCAAACAGAACAGCGAGGCAUUAACCUGUGGGAGAUGGCAGAGUUCCUGCUGAAACAGGAUGUGGUCAAUGCCAUCAACCUGGACGGCGGGGGCUCCGCUACCUUCGUGCUCAACGGGACCUUGGCCAGUUACCCAUCGGAUCACUGCCAGGACAACAUGUGGCGCUGUCCUCGAAGUGUGUCCACUGUGGUGUGUGUGCACAAGCCCCGCUGCCAGCCACCUGACUGCAACGGCCAUGGGACCUGUGUGGAGGGGCACUGCCAGUGCACGGGACACUUCUGGCGGGGUGACGCCUGCAACAAGCUGGACUGUGGCCCCGCCAACUGCAGCCAGCACGGGCUCUGCACAGAGACCGGCUGCCGCUGCGAAGCUGGAUGGACAGGGUCCAACUGCAGUGAAGCUUGCAGCAAUGGCUCCUUCGGAGAGGACUGUGCCAAGAAGUGCCAGUGCCAGAAUGGAGCUGCCUGUGACCCAGCCAGGGGGACCUGCACCUGUCCCCCUGGCUUCACUGGUGACAACUGUGUUCAGGAGUGUCCCUUGGGCUGGCAUGGGCCAGGCUGCCAGAAGCCUUGUGAGUGUGAGUACCAGUGUCCCUGCGACCCCCAGACUGGCAGCUGCAACCUCACUCAGACAUCCGCCCUGAACAGCAUUCUCUCCCGAGUGAAGCAGUGUCUCCAGCCAUCCGAGGUCACCCUGCAGACAAAAGAAUUCUCGCUUCCCACUGGGACCACCUGUCUGGCCCUCACCCUGGCCCUGGUGUUUCUUCUGCUGAUCAGCAUGGUGGUGAACGUGUCUUUGUUCCUCGGCUCCAGAGGAGAGCGGAGUCGGCACUUGGACGGGUCCUAUGUCUACCACCCGCUUCAGGAAAUGAACGGGGAGCUCUCACCUGCCGAGAAAGAUCAGCCAGGUGAUGCCUGCAACUCCUUCAAGGACUGAAACCUCCAGCUGUCCAUCAUGGCCUGUUUUGGAGACUCGUUUCAAGCAGUCUGGCUUCUGCAGGGCAAAGUCCAAGGCCACUAACUCUGGAUGGUCUCAGCCCUAGUGCCUAGCCAGGCUUCUGAUAGCACCUGUGCCUCAGCCCCUCCCUGGCCCUUGGCUCUCACCUGGAUGUCUGCCAUGGCACGAGCAACCUGAGCAGUACAAUGUUCCUUGGAGAGAGACUUCCUCCUUCCUCGCCUGCCUGUGUCUGCUGCCAUGAGGCCAGUCCCGCAGGGGCCUCUGCCGAAGAACCUCCAGCCUCCUGGGGCAGGGGCCGCUAGCGGAUGACACUCACCGCAUCGUGACCAGGUGGCAGGGUCCAACCAGCCCCCCUGGACUGGGGUGGAUUAAAGAGACGAUGGCCACAUCACUGCAUUUGCCAACCAGGAUUCUGUUUCCUAUCACAGGAAGCUCCUUAGAUGGGAUGGGGGAUGAAAUCAUGUUUACAGGCUUUUUAUUUUUUCGUCCUACCACCG